GUUUCCGUCUGUGAAAGGCCCUCUAAGGGGUCGCUGUGACCGCAGCUUUCCCGUCUGUAGAAGAUGGUCUCCUUAGCCGGACCUUCGGGCUUUCUGUCCCCUUACCUGCACACAGCGAAGGUCCUCCUGUCCAGGCAGGUUAAGGCUGUAGUGCCCGCAGCUGCGAGCAGUGGACAUGCGGCGGUGAAGCAGAGAGGAAGCAGCGGAGACUCGGCUCUGUUCAGCGGGCAUUUUGGAGUGCGUUAUGCCCACACUGAUAUCAGGAUCCCCGAUUUCUCUGACUAUCGCCGUCAUGAGGUGAUGGACCCUAAGAAGUCUGCUCAAGACAGCAGUGAGAACCGAAGGGCUUUUUCUUACUUGGUGACAGCAUCCACUGCUGUAGUGGGGGUGUACGCAGCUAAGACGGUAGUUACUCAGUUCGUCUCUUCAAUGAGUGCUUCUGCUGAUGUUCUGGCCUUGUCCAAAAUUGAGAUCAAGCUGAGUGAUAUUCCAGAGGGGAAGAAUAUGACCUUCAAGUGGAGAGGCAAGCCCUUGUUUGUUCGCCACAGAACUGAGAAGGAGAUCACAACUGAGGCUAGCGUGGACCUGUCGGAGCUCCGGGACCCACAGCAUGACAAAGACCGUGUCCUCAAUCCUUCUUGGGUCAUUGUCAUUGGUGUGUGCACUCAUCUUGGCUGCGUUCCCAUCGCGAAUGCUGGCGACUAUGGUGGGUACUACUGCCCAUGUCACGGGUCGCAUUACGAUGCUUCGGGCAGGAUCAGAAAGGGACCUGCACCCCUCAACUUGGAGGUGCCUUAUUAUGAGUUUCCUGAUGAAAACAUAGUGAUUGUUGGAUAGAUAUGGACAUUCUCUAGUUAUUCUUAUGUCUGUCUGGCCAAAACAUGUAAUAAAUAUGUUUCUUAAAACUA